AUGUCUGACGGACAAGACGGACAGGACGGCAGGCACCCGUUCGACGAUUUCGAACCUGGAAAGGCUCCUUACGAGUCAAAGCCCGAACUCAUCCCAAGUCUGGGACCCCAACCGAAGAGCGACAUGGAGGCUGGCGUAAGCGGCAUCCUCAACAAGCUCAACCAGACCACCAUCAACGCCCAUGCCAAAUGGACAAUGGUUUCGCAAUCUGGGUGCAUGACCCUCUGGGCUGCGACCAAGAAGGGAGGCGACGUCACCCUGAAGCCUGUCAUCGGCGGCCUCAGGCAGUUUCUGAAGGGACUGUACGCCCUGGAGUGCACCAGUGCCAGCGACAGCAUGGUUUGCAAGGGAGUGGAGGUGUGCUUCAUGUGGAGAUCCGCUCAUGAGGGCGAUCUCGGCACGUCGACUCCUCCUUGCGAGGAGGAGAAUUCGUCGGAGGAGAAUUCGUCGGACAAGAAGUCGGACGAGAAGUCGGACAAGAAGCCGGACGAGAAGCCGGACGAGAAGCCGGACGAGAAGUCGGACAAGAAGUCGGACGAGAAGUCGGACAAGAAGUCGGACAAGAAGCCGGAGGUCGAAAAGUAG